UGUCGCUCUGUGUCUCACCGUGUCUACGCAUUGUACGACACCGUUUUCGAUUGCGAUUUGGAUUGGUGCGCAUUUACUUUACUUAAUUUGUUGUUCAAUGUUGAUUUAUAUAUUUCAAAAUGCCUACGGAUACCGACUUAAAUAAAGGUGGAUCUUCUAGCAGUAACUCCGAUUUUGAAAGGAAAAAAAUGAAGGAGUUAAUUAAAUUACGCGGAGCAAUUAAGGGUCGCUUAACUCGAUUUAAAGAUCAUGUUUCUGUAUUAAAUCUACUAAAACUAGAAGAUGUUACCGACAUUCAAUUAAAGGAAUUAAAAUUUCGUUUAAGUAAAAUAGAAAAUUUACUUUUUGAGUUUAAUGAAGUUCAGUCUCAAAUUGAAACGUUGUCGUCUGUUGAUGAUGAGAAUGAGGUGGAUGUUUUUGAAAAUUUAUACUACAGUACAUUGUCUUUGGCCCAACACAUAAUUGACUCUCACGUCACUAUACAAGAGAAGGACGCCAGUCUUCACUCGGCUAGAUCAUCAUGUUCAGACGAUUGCAGCCGUCACAGCCUAGGUAAUAUAAAGCUCCCGACAAUAAAAUUACCUACCUUUGACGGGAAUUAUUUAAAAUGGUUAGAAUAUAGGGACACAUUUGACUCAUUAAUUAAUUCAAAUGAUUCCAUUUCAAACAUAAAUAAAUUUCAUUACUUGCGGUCAUCAUUGGAAGGUAGUGCAACUGUAAUUAUAAAAUCGCUUGAAUUUACAUCAAAGAAUUACAGUAUUGCUUGGGGAUUAAUAUGCGAACGUUAUGAUAAUAAAAAAGUACUCAUCAAUAAUCACUUAAAGGCAUUAUUUGAAAUAGAAUCCAUAACAAACGAAUCUCAUAAGGCAAUACGGUUUCUUGUUGAUCAUGUUUUAAAAAACUUAAGGGCUCUUAAUACAUUAGAACAGCCUACUGAUAAAUGAGAUCUUCUUAUAAUAUACUUGAUUUCAACAAAAUUAGAUUCUAUAACAUUUAGUAAAUGGGAAGAACAUAAGAAUAAUUUUAAGGACUUACCUGUACUGAGCGAUUUCAUGCAAUUUUUACGUAAUCGUGCGGACAUUCUCGAAACUUUGGCUAUUAGUAGAGGUGACGCGAAGCGCGAACAUAAAUCUACAUUUCAUAAAGAUUAUCACAAAAAACCUGAAAUAAAAUUUAGAGAUCAUUACAAAACAUCAAAAAGCUUUGUAACUUCCGCUACCGCUAAACAUAAUUUAUCAUGUCCCUUCUGUAACCAGCACCAUCGCAUUAUCGAUUGCUCGUCAUUCAAACAAUUAUCACCACAAAAUAGAUGUGGUGAAGUUAAUAAAUUAGGACUCUGCUCCAACUGUUUACGAAGAGGUCAUUCUGUAGCCGAUUGUCGUUUGUUAGGCACCUGCAAAACAUGUAGAAGAAAACAUAACACAUUAUUGCAUCUAGAUAAUAACAGUGUACUUGAAACAAGCACAACUUUGAAUCAUUGUAGCUACGUACCUGCAUCCGCGUCGGUUAUACCGUUGUUCCCCGCAGAAAUAGACGUCCCUAUUUCCGAGGUUUCUUCAAUAAACGUGCCGGUAUCCUUGUCGACUCGAUGUCCUGGUCAGGUUCUUCUUGGCACCGUCUUAGUUAAAAUAAUUAAUCCUGAAAAUAAAGGUACUUACCUCGCUCGUGGAUUACUUGACGCUGGCAGCCAGUCCUCCUUCAUUACAGCACACCUGAAAGAAAAAAUAGGAUUAAUUAGUAAGGGUUCCGAUACUUUAUGCAUAUCGGGUAUUAAUAAUUCUCGAAUGCCCAUUACCGACAGUUGUGAAAUUACUGUACAGUCAUGUUUCAAUCCAUUUAAAGCACAUCUUAAGUGUUUGGUGGUUCCUAAAAUAACGGGCGUACUACCUAAUGCUUUAAUAAAUACCUCAAAGCUUAACUUACCUCAAAACAUUCAAUUAGCAGAUCCUAACUUCUUCCUCCCUUCAGAUAUUGAUUUGUUGCUGGGUGCUGAAAUAUUUUUUGAAAUUAUGUCAUCCAAUCAAAUAAAACUUGGGCCUAAUAUGCCCAUACUUCAGGAUACACAAUUGGGUUGGGUAGUAGCAGGGCCUCUUUAUACAAACAAUCUGCAAAAAUAUAAAAAAACUCAUUGCAAUUUUACUAGAGAAAUUAGUGAUCAAUUGUCAAAAUUUUGGAAUCUUGAAGAAGUUCCAUCCAUAAAAACAGUGAUGUCACCUGAUGACGAAGUUUGUGAACGCCACUUCAUUACUACAACAAAACGUUUGAAAGAUGGUAGAUUCUCGGUAAUGAUGCCUCUUAAUGAAUCUCCCGAAAAGGUACUUGGCGAUUCCUAUUCAAUUGCAAAAAAACGUUUCUUGAGCCUUGAGAAAAAAUUUCAUAAAAAUCCUGAAUACAAAAAAGAAUAUACCAACUUCAUUAAUGAAUAUGAGAAACUCGGUCACUUGACUGAAAUCGACAAACCUCAAUUCGGGUACUUUAUGCCACAUCAUGGCGUCACUCGACAAAAUAGCGAAACUACAAAACUUCGUGUAGUAUUUGACGCUUCCGCGAAGACGACAUCACAUAAAUCCUUAAAUGAUAUCCAGUACAUCGGCCCCGUUGUGCAACAUGAUUUGAUCGACAUCUUAGUACCUUUUUGUCAGCAUAAAUACGUAGUGUCUGGUGACACAAAAAAUGUGCAGACAGGUCAUGAUAGACGAAUCCCAAAGGCAUCUUCCACUUAUUUUUUGGAGAAAUAGUGAAACUAUGCCCCUUAAAACUUUACGUUUGAAUACGGUCACUUACGGGACCGCAUCCGCACCAUAUCUGAGCACGAGAUGUCUACUUAAACUUGCCGUAGAAUGUCCAGAUCCCUUAAUAUCAGAAAUCAUUAAAAGUGACUUCUACGUCGACGACCUCUUAAUAGGUGCUUCAGAUGAGAAUGAAUUAUCACACAUUUGUAAAAACGUGGUCGAGGUUCUUGAAGCUGCUUGCUUUCUUAUACAUAAA